CAAUGUUGCUAGGAUGCCAACGCACGUCCAAAAGGCAGAAGUAUUGCUACCAGAUCGCGUGCAUAUGCUCCGCCAAGGACUGGCAGUUCCUCUAGCCCAAUCACGAACGGGCUGUUGAAACGGAAUAAUCCAUGAUGAAAAAGUACCAAUCAGAGGUAACUAGAGGCGGGCGUUUAAGCCUCCUUCAGGAAUUGGAAUCAGGAUCCUAUCAGGAAAGGAAGCUGCUGGCCAAUCUGCUAGAGCACGACUAGUUUGGGCACGACCAUAACCACCGGCCAGGAAGGGGUGUAUUGCACUGUGUUAUUCAUCCUUUUUUGUGACGCACCGAUUUGAUCGCUUUGUAUGAUUAAGGAGAUGAAGAGCAGGGCGAGGUAGGGCAGAGCGCGUGUAUUUCUUUGGUCGCCGCCGGGGGAAGAAAUCUGAUUCUCCCUAAAAAUGGUGUAGUCUGGCAUCUUGUCACGUGAUUUCGUUUCAAGAUGGCAGCAGCGGCGGCGGCGGCGUCUGGGUUGGCAACAGAGGCGGAUGAGUUCGAGGACGCUCCCGACGUGGAGCCGCUGGAGCCGACACUGAGUAACAUCAUCGACCAGCGGAGCCUGAAAUGGAUUUUCGUCGGUGGGAAGGGAGGUGUCGGCAAGACCACUUGCAGCUGCAGCCUAGCUGUGCAGCUCUCCAAAGUGCGGGAGAGUGUCCUCAUCAUCUCCACUGAUCCUGCUCAUAACAUCUCAGAUGCCUUUGACCAGAAAUUUUCCAAGGUUCCCACCAAAGUAAAGGGCUAUGAUAACCUUUUUGCCAUGGAGAUUGAUCCCAGCCUAGGUGUAGCUGAACUUCCAGAUGAGUUUUUUGAGGAGGAUAACAUGCUGAGUAUGGGCAAGAAGAUGAUGCAAGAGGCAAUGAGUGCCUUUCCCGGUAUUGAUGAAGCCAUGAGCUACGCUGAAGUGAUGAGGUUGGUGAAGGGGAUGAAUUUCUCCGUGGUGGUGUUUGACACAGCACCCACUGGGCACACACUACGGCUGCUCAAUUUCCCCACCAUCGUGGAGCGGGGGCUGGGCCGCCUGAUGCAGAUAAAGAACCAGAUCAGUCCCUUCAUAUCGCAGAUGUGCAACAUGCUUGGCCUGGGAGACAUGAAUGCUGACCAGCUGGCCUCCAAGCUGGAGGAGACCCUCCCUGUCAUUCGCUCAGUCAGUGAACAGUUCAAGGAUCUGGAGCAAACUACAUUCAUCUGUGUCUGCAUUGCUGAGUUUCUGUCCUUGUAUGAAACGGAGCGGCUCAUCCAGGAACUGGCCAAGUGCAAGAUCGACACCCACAAUAUCAUAGUCAAUCAGCUGGUCUUCCCUGACCCAGAGAAGCCCUGCAAGAUGUGUGAGGCCCGACACAAAAUCCAGUCCAAAUACCUUGACCAGAUGGAAGACCUCUAUGAAGACUUUCACAUUGUAAAGCUGCCACUCUUGCCCCAUGAAGUGCGAGGGGCUGACAAAGUCAACACCUUUUCAAGUCUGCUACUGGAGCCCUACAAACCACCCAGUGCAAAAUGAAACCCCUGUGGACUGGCUCCUACUGUUUUCCCUCUCCACGCCUGCCCUUUCCCACCCCUUAUCUGCUGGAACUCCUUCCCUUCCAGUGGCCUCUCUUCUGUUGAAAUUGUGUGAAUAAGAGGCUUGUGGUGGGGUUGGAAGUGGCAGAAUUUGGUGUUCCCACUUCUUUCUGCCCUGAUCCUGAUACUUAACUCCUUGGGACAUCCCAAAACCAUCCACAACAUUAAAUCCCUUCUCCUCACUGACCAGCUAGCUUAUUUAAACUAGGGCCACCUUUUGUUUCUCUUUCACUCUGGCAUCUCACUGGAUCAUGUUUCCUGGGGCUGAUGCCAUUCUGGCUGAAGUCUAGUCAGGUGCUGUGAUGACACAGAGACUGUCAGUCUUGCAACACCAAGGCCAUCAGUGCUAAUGGGAAGUAUGUAAAUAAACUGUAAGGGAAAUGA